CCGAAAAAAAAUUAAUACAUGGGAAUAUAUCUGUUUUAUUACUACUGUCCAAUAUUCUAAUUCUUAAGUACACAGUUCUGUAUAAAUCUACGUACACAGAGCCAUAAUAGGUAUUGUCACCAACGUGAGACCCAUUACUGAAUCAAAAAUGUGACUGUGUUAUAUAAGCACUUGUUUAAAAAAUGAUAAAAUGAAAUGUUUACUUAUUGCCUGCAUUUUACCCUGGCAAUUGGCUCUUGGAAUAUGCAAAACUAUAGACCACAAACUCAAAAACAAAAUAUUGAAUAACCUUCAUUAGACAUUAUAUAAGAGUGAAUGGCGAUAAUGUGAUAGUGGGUUCUGGGCUGCAAUAGUUCAUUAGUGCAGAUUUAUCAAUAACGUGAUUACCGCAGGGAGGAUAAAGGCUUUGUCUACCUUUGCCAAGAGAAAAACUUUGCACGGCAAAAUCGGUCCAAAAAGUUGCUAGGAAAAUAUGCGGACCACUAUAUACAUGAGAAAUGUCUUGGUUGUAGUGUUGAUGAUCCUGGUGAUAAAAACGUUGUACACAAUCGUAUAUGUCAGAUAUGGACCUAACAGAGAAGUAAACGCUCAUGGGAAGAUUACCUUAGACGUGUUAGAUUUACAGCUGCCGACGACAGGCGAUUUCAAAUGUGUCGAAUUGAAAGUAACCAGCACUAUAUCGGCGCCUAUCUGUGUAUAUGAAGUCGAAGAAGACAAAUAUGUCUCCGGCGCUUUAUCUAAUGGCGGCAUUUGGCAGAAAGAUAACAUUGAUGUGUUUCGCUUACUGGCAAAUGAAGAUCCUGAACUUAAUUUGAUAGAUCUUGGUGCGAAUUUGGGAACAUGGACAAUUAUUGCUGCAGCACUUGGAAAACAGGUGAUCGCCGUCGAACCUUUCCCGCCAACAAUCUCUCGUCUGCACAGAAGUUUGCAAUUGGGUCACUUGGAAUCUAGAGUGACUUUGGUGACAAACCCACUGUCGGACAAAUACGAAGAUGUCGUGUUCAAAGUUUAUCCCAGCAACAAAGGUGGAGUCGCCAUCGCGGCGAAAAAUAGUUCCGGGGACUUACUGGACCAUAGCACUGUUAAAAAGACAACCACUUUGAACGACCUCGCGAGUAUUAUACCAGGCGGAUUUAACAAAGCUUUCAUGAAAAUGGAUAUAGAAGGCAUGGAACUUAAAGCUUUGAAUGCAUCUGACGUUUUAUUCUCUGUUGUAGAUAUUCCAGUUAUACUAACUGAAUGGAUGGCGUAUCGGAAAAGAUUAGAUAAACCCGAGGUCAGAUAUUUUGAAGUCUGGUUCACUAAUGCGGGCUAUGUACCAUGUUAUAUAGAAACAAGUCGUUCUUCUGUUGCUCAACUUGAAUACCAUCUCUUGGGGUCCAUUAAAUCAGACGUAAAAUGGAAAGAAAUCAGUGAUGUUUUCUUGAUAAAGAAAAACGUUUUAGAAGAAUUUAAGGGUAGGGGCCGUUUAGUGUGAUCAUAAAUACAUCUCACCUCUUUAACAGCUUAUCAAAGAAAGUACUUUUUUCGAUUAAACCAAAUGUGUAAAGUAAAAGGGUAUGUACGUGUAGGCCCCCUAUUAUGAAAUUUGAUGUCACAUUCAAUAAUAAGAAAUAAAUGUGCAAGACUAACCGUUUUUAAAUGAAGUUGUUUUUAUAAUAGGCC